AUGAAGUACGAAGAUGUGGUCAAAUCUGUUGGUGGAUGUGGACGUUACCAAAUAUUUAUGGUUAGUGUAUUGUAUAUUGCCGCGGUAUUUGAUGGACUACAUAUCGGUAGUAUGGUUUUCAUUGUUCCUGGAAUAAAACACAGGUGUGCUAUCGCUGAACUGGCAAACGAUACUUACGAAAUCCAAAGCGAAGCCCAUGCUGAGCUUAUUAAAGAAUACAUACCCGAAGAUAUAGUGGAUGGGAAACCAGUGUACAGUAGCUGCCAUCUUUAUGUCAAUAAAAGUGUCCUAGGGAACCAGACACUGAGUAAUUGUACUUCUUGGGUUUAUGACAAAUCAAUAUUUCAAACCACAAUCACCAGUGACUUAAAUUUAGUUUGUGGCAAAGAAUGGCUCGCCAAUCAAAUUUACACGGCAUAUUUUGUUGGUUCUCUCACUGCCGUCUUAUGCUUCGGUUGGCUUCCUGAUCGAUUCGGACGCAAAAUUGUCAUCAUCGCGGCAUUGCUACUGCAAGGAAUUACUGGAAUUCUCUCUACGCAAAUCAUGAACAUUUACGUGAUUAUCAUAUUCCGCAUUUUGACAGCCAUUGGAUCUGCUCUCUCUUUUAUGCCAUCAGUUGUGUUCGGAGCUGAAAUUUCGUCAAUGAAAAACAGAACAAAUGCCACCAUAGCAGUUCACUUUUAUUUCAACAGCGGAUAUCUUAUACUUAGUCUAUUGGCAUAUUACGUUCGAACCUGGAAGCUGAUCGUUCUACUGAUUUCCAUACACUCGAUAGCAGUUGGAUUGCUUUUCAUUUGGGUGUUACCAGAGUCACCACGUUGGCUACUAACCGUAAAUAAGGGAAAGGAAGCAGAAAUAAUUCUGAAUAAAAUUGCCAAAGUGAACAAGCGAGAUUUCAGUUGCAAAUCAGAAGAAAUAGAAAUCUCCGUGGUCGAAGAUCGGACUGUCAGGCUCUGGAAAAUAUUCACGAUUCCAACACUUCUAAAAAGGACCCUUAUCCUGAUGUUCAACUGGUUUGUAGUGAGUUUUGUGUAUUUCGGAUUGUUGAUAAAUACCGAAAAUCUGAGUGGAAACAUCUUCCUGAAUUUCUUCUUUGGUGGUCUGGUAGAAGUUCCUGCUCUUUUGUCGUGUAUAUUUUUAUUGGGCCGUUUCGGGAGAAAGAAGUUGUAUAUUGCCUUCAUAGUUACUGGUGGAAUUUGUGCCAUCAUAACAAUUUUUCCACUCAUGUACGCUGAAGAGGAUUUACAAUGGACGACAACAUUAUUAGCUACCUUGAGCAGACUCUGCAUUAGUGGUAAUUUUGCAAUCAUCUACCUGCACACCUGUGAAUUGUACCCAACCUGUGUAAGAAACGGAGCACUUGGAUGUCUUUCUGCCUUUGAAACACUGGGUGGUGUCAUAUCCCCCUACAUUGUAAAUCUACGUACACUAGCAUCUGGAAAGGUGGGUAGAAGCCUGCCUCUGUUGACGAUGGGAAUUUCCUGCAUUUUAGUUGGUGCCUCUUAUUUCUUCCUUCCUGAAACCAACAACAGACCCAUACAGGACAAUUUUGACGAUGUUUGCAGGCAAAGGUCUAACGCUAUAAGGGAAAAGGAGGAAUAUCACAUUGAAGCUCAGGCCGCUUUGAAUCACUCAACAUGA